AUGGAGGAGGUCCCUGCUGUCCUGAUCCCCUGGAUCCGCGCUGUUCGUCUCCAGCUGCGCGAGCGGUUCCGCACGGACCUUCCUGUCCUGCGUCUGCACUUUGACAGAGGUGUUAUGGAGGUCGCUCGUACCUCCAUGAUCCAUGCGGCUGCUCCCCAUUUUCUGUGGCCGUUUGCGGUCCGGUACGCGGCGCAUCAGCUCAACCUCUGGCCCCGUGUCUCCUUGCCGGAGACCUCGCCUACACUGCGUUGGACGGGGGAGGUUGGCGAUGCGUCGCGGUUCCGGGUCUGGGGUUCUCGUGCCUUUGUUCGCGAUACCACCGCGGACAAGCUCUCCUCUCGCGCCAUUCCCUGCGUCUUCCUUGGCUUUCCCCCUGACGCGCCUGGCUGGCAGUUUUACCACCCCACCUCGCGCCGAGUCUUCCCCUCUCAGGACGUCACGUUUGACGAGUCGGUUCCCUUCUACCGUCUCUUCCCCUACCGCACUGCCCCUCCACCCCCUCCGCCGCUCUUCCUCGCUCCAGAGGUCACUGGUGACUCUGGUGCUGCUGGGGGUGGUGCUGCGUCUGGAUGUGCGGAGCCUGAGCACGCGGAGCCUGGGGGUGCUGGGCCUGGGGGUGCGGAGCCUAGGGAUACGGAGCCUGGGGGUGCUGAGCCUGGGGGUGCGGAGCCUAGGGGUGCUGAGCCUAGGAGUGAUGCGUCUAGGGGAACGUUGCUGACACUCGAGCUGGAGGUGCUGGAGCUGGUGACACGGUCGUUGGAGACGCUGCAGCUGGAGGUACUGGAGCAAGAGGCGCUGGAGCUGAGGCCGCUCGACCUAGAGGCGCUGGAGCUGGAGCCAAUGGAGCUGGAGGCGUUGGCGCUGGAGGCGCUGGAGCUGGAGGCGCUAGACCUGGAGUCGCUGAAGCUUGAGGCGCUAGCACUGGAGGCGCUGGAGGCGCUAGAGCUGGAGGCACUGGAGCUGGAGGUACUGGAGCUGGAGGCCCUCGGCAGCAGCGACCAGCGUCAUAAGCCUGCGUCCCGUUCUGCCUCCCCUGUUCGCACUGCUCGCCGUGCUCAUCGUGUUCCGCGCCCGCGUCCUCCUCCAGUGCCAGGCACUCACACUAUGGCACUUCGUCCUUCCUCUGUCCCACAGCGCGUCCCUCUGCCGUCUCCUCCUGCGUCCUCUCUUCUUGACGUUCCUGACCCUGAGUUUGACUUGGUUCGUGCUGCCAGUCCCACUGUCACGCGUCUCCUCGCUACUCUUGUAACCGACCCAUCGUUUGAGUCUACUGCUGCGUCUGCCUUAGUUGCUGAGCUUGUGGACUUUGCUGCUGCGUGUCGUCUCGACUAUGCCGCUAGUCUUGUUGCUGAGUCUAAGUCUGUCUUGUCGGGGGUGAGUGGGCUCUUGGCACGGGCUCUUGGCAGGAGGACUUUGAGUGUCUUGCGGCUGCUGUACCUCAUCUUGUGGCCUGGCUGCUUGCGCCUGAGGGAGACCCGGAUGCACUGGACAUCCCGACCCCGCGCUCUUACGCAGAGGCAAUUGAUCUCGGGUCCCUACUCCUCUCAGUGGCAGACAGCCAUGGACGCAGAGAUGGCAUCCUGGAAGUCCACAGGCACCUACGUCGAUGAGGUUCCCCCUCCUGGGGCGAACAUUGUCGAUGGCAUGUGGAUUUUCAGGGUGAAGCGGCCGCCGGGUUCUCCGCCUGUCUUCAAGGCUUGUUACGUUGCUCGAGGCUUCAGUCAGCGGCAGGGAGUUGACUUCUUCCAGACCUUCUCCCCUACCCCGAAGAUGACCACUCUUUGGGUGCUGCUGCACGUUGCCGCUCAGCGUGACUACGAGCUUCACUCUCUUGACUUCAGCACAGCGUUCUUGCAGGGCAGCCUACACGAGGAGAUCUGGCUGCGCCGCCCUCCUGGCUUCACUGGGUCGUUCCCUCCUGGCACCCAGUGGAGCCUCCGGCGGCCGGUCUACGGUCUCCGCCAGGCACCUCGUGAGUGGCACGACACACUGAGGACUACGCUUGCGGCUCUCGGGUUUGCUCCUUCGACUGCUGACCCGUCGCUGUUUCUGCGCAUAGACACCUCACUGUCGCCGUUCUACAUCCUCGUGUACGUCGACGACUUGGUCUUUGCCAGUGCUGAGACUGAGGCACUCGCCUUGGUAAAGUCGGAGCUGUAG